GGUCGUUCCCGGCUUCCGCGCAAAACUUCCAUCCUGUCCACGUGAAGUUGUCGCUGCCUUAGAGAGGGGGAAAGAGCUGCGGGAAAAGCUGGGGAGUGACGACUGCGGCGGCUGGGCGCGCUCUCUCUUUUUGUUUUCUUCUCCUUUCCCUCCUGUGGCAGUCCGGAGUUUUGGCUCCACUCCUUUCCUCCUCUACCUCGGAGCCGGCUUCUCCCCCCGCCCCGCUUCUCCCCCGCUUGUGUACGCUAUUUGUUGUGGGGUGGCCGAAGGGGAUGUCCUGUUUUCACCAGAGGCACAGCGCGAAGGGGAAACUUCGACACUGGAAGGAACGAGAAUAAAUACUUAAUUACGGAGCACUGAACCGCGGUGGGACAGACACUUCGGGAACCCGAGGCGGACCAGGCGACGAGAUAGUCACUUUUACUUGAAGGAAGCUGCUUCUACUUGGGAGUGGCAGGAGAAGUGAGAAAACCACAUGGAAGACUCCCAGGAUUUAAAUGAACAAUCAGUAAAGAAAACGUGCACAGAAUCAGAUGUUUCAGAAUCUCAGAAUUCCAGGUCUAUGGAAAUGCAGGACCUAGCAAGUCCUCAUACUCUUGUUGGAGGUGGUGAUACUCCAGGUAGCUCCAAACUGGAAAAAUCUAAUCUAAGCAGCACAUCAGUUACUACAAAUGGGACAGGAGGGGACAACAUGACUGUUUUAAACACAGCAGACUGGUUGCUGAGUUGCAACACCCCCUCUUCUGCAACAAUGUCUCUUCUUGCAGUCAAAACAGAGCCCUUGAACAGCAGUGAAACCACAACCACGACUGGAGAUGGAGCGCUUGACACUUUUACUGGGUCAGUAAUUACAAGUAGUGGCUACAGCCCCAGAUCAGCACAUCAGUAUUCCCCACAGCUGUAUCCUUCCAAGCCCUAUCCACACAUUCUUUCUACACCAGCAGCUCAAACAAUGUCUGCCUAUGCAGGCCAGACUCAGUAUUCGGGGAUGCAGCAGCCAGCCGUCUACACAGCCUACUCACAGACAGGACAGCCCUACAGCCUGCCCACUUACGAUUUGGGUGUGAUGUUGCCAGCCAUCAAGACAGAGAGUGGACUUUCCCAAACUCAGUCCUCAUUACAGAGUGGCUGCCUCAGUUACAGCCCAGGGUUCUCUACCCCACAGCCAGGCCAGACACCUUAUUCUUACCAAAUGCCAGGUUCUAGUUUUGCACCAUCAUCUACUAUUUAUGCAAAUAAUUCAGUUUCCAAUUCAACGAAUUUCAGUGGUUCACAACAGGAUUAUCCAUCCUAUACAGCCUUUGGCCAAAACCAGUAUGCACAGUAUUAUUCAGCAUCAACGUAUGGAGCAUAUAUGACAUCAAAUAACGCAGCCGAUGGCACACCCUCUUCAACCUCUACUUACCAGUUGCAGGAAUCUCUCCCAGGACUGACUAACCAACCAGGUACAGAUCUUCACCCAGGAGAGUUCGAUACCAUGCAGAGUCCCUCCACACCCAUCAAAGAUCUUGAUGAGAGAACCUGUAGGAGUUCUGGGUCAAAGUCCAGAGGAAGAGGCCGGAAAAAUAAUCCCUCCCCGCCUCCUGAUAGUGACCUGGAGCGUGUGUUUGUCUGGGAUUUGGAUGAAACCAUCAUUGUUUUUCACUCACUGCUCACCGGGUCUUAUGCACAGAAGUAUGGCAAGGAUCCCCCCAUGGCUGUAACCCUUGGACUCCGCAUGGAAGAAAUGAUUUUUAAUCUUGCUGACACUCAUUUGUUUUUUAAUGAUUUAGAGGAGUGUGAUCAAGUUCAUAUAGAUGAUGUUUCCUCUGAUGAUAAUGGGCAGGACUUAAGUACCUACAGUUUUGCAACUGAUGGCUUCCAUGCAGCUGCAAGUAGUGCAAACCUUUGUUUGCCAACAGGUGUAAGAGGAGGGGUUGACUGGAUGAGGAAGUUGGCUUUUCGUUACAGAAGAGUAAAAGAAUUAUAUAACACCUACAAGAACAAUGUUGGAGGACUCCUUGGCCCUGCCAAGAGGGAUGCCUGGCUACAGUUAAGGGCAGAGAUUGAAGGUCUGACAGAUUCCUGGCUAACAAAUGCACUUAAGUCUUUAUCAAUUAUUAGCACUAGGAGUAACUGCGUAAAUGUCUUGGUAACGACAACCCAACUGAUCCCAGCACUUGCGAAGGUUCUACUCUAUAGUUUAGGAGGUGCUUUCCCCAUUGAGAAUAUUUACAGUGCAACUAAAAUAGGAAAAGAAAGUUGCUUUGAACGAAUAAUGCAAAGGUUUGGCAGAAAAGUAGUGUAUGUUGUAAUUGGGGAUGGUGUAGAAGAAGAACAGGCAGCAAAAAAGCACAACAUGCCCUUCUGGAGGAUAUCCAGUCACUCAGACCUCCUGGCUCUCCACCAAGCACUGGAAUUAGAGUAUUUGUAACUGUGUUCUUUAGCCGGAGAUCCAUUUUUUAUAUUUCAAGUACACUGAAUUUUUAUGUGUGAUUCAAUGCCUCUGGCUCUACACAUAUAAAUUGUCUUAAUGGAUGAAAUCAUAUUUGGAAUAAAAAUUCCAGAAUGAAGAAUUCAGAUUGCUGAAUGGAGUUAAACUUUAGUGCUACAGAAAAGAAACUCUAUGGUCUUAUAUUUACAACACUUUAAUGGGUUUUUUAAAAAUCUGUGGAAGUUGCUGGUACACACCAAAUGAGUCCAAACUGGAAUGAGCAGCUUUAGCAGAGAACUCUUACCCUGGCAAAGCAGCAACACACAUGCUCCGUCUGACAAGGUGGUCAACAACAUUCCUCAAAAUGGGAGAUCUUCUCAGCCCUGAGGUUUGAAUCUGACUUUAGCCUACCUAGCCCAGAAAAUCUGAAUUGGAAUGCACUCAGACUGUAUAAGGACAGUCCUAUUUAGACCUGUAAUUUGUGUAAAUUAUUGAUGAAAAUAAUUUACUGUGACUUUAUUAGCAGCUGACUUUCAAAGUGGAUGCAAUUUUUCUUUCAUUUGUUGGGGAGGGGAAUGGGAGGGGAAAUGGGAAUAUAAUAUUGUCUCUUUUUUAAGUUUGGCAAACAGAAUGUUCAUACUGAUGUGUUGUGCCUUAAAGACAAGACAGCAUUUGUGUGUUACAAUGUAACUUUGGUUAAAAUCUCUGUAGAUAAUGAAAAAAAAAAAAAAAAAAACCUUUGUGAUGAUUCUUAACAUGACCAAAUUUAAAAGAAGUCAAGCUCUCAAAGCUUAAUUACUGCAUCAGCAAGAAACUGAGUAUUUGUUGCAAUAAGAAAACAACAAUAAUAAAGGAAAGCUUGUGUUUUAUUUGGGUUCUUAAUAAUUCCAAUAAUUGUAUGAGGCAACUAUUUGCGCAUCCAACCAUGAGCGGAAGGUUUGGGAAAGACUGUGGGACCUUUACUUAGAAAGUGAAAUGUAUGUAGAAGUCUCAAGUACCCCUUCUACAGUUUUACUGGAGAAAACUAAGAGCCAUAUUCAUGACAACUUGCACAGUUUUGAGGUUGAGACUUUUGAUAUGUGUAAAUUGCAUAGAGGAGGAUAUUAUCAUGCAAAUCAUGAGCAGUUAUCACAAACUUUUUUAGAAUAUGCCAUCAACAUGGCAUAAAAUUCAGAUUGAGAGCACAUGGCUUAAAAUAAAGCUAAGUAUAUUUAUUCCCAAUGCCAUUGCAAAAAUGAUAAUAUCAUCAGAAAUGGAAGGCAGAUCUCCCAGAUGGUGUCUAAUGAAAGCAAUGGGCCUAUGAAAAUUUUACCUAGAAUAUCAUCAUAAAUUAAAUUAGCAAGUGAGCUGGAUCUUGGCCUCACUGCUGAAAUGACAACAGUAAAAUCGUACCUGGUUCUCCAUCUGAAUACAUCAAUGCAGGUUCUCCUUAUGACAGACUUGCAUAUGUUAGUUUCUGCCUGUAUUGUCACUGCACAAUGGAUGGCAUUCAUUACAAGAAGAGCCCAUCGUCGUUGUGUUUGCAUGGUUUUUUUCCUUAUGUGUAGCCCAUGUUGGGAACACGACACAGGUUCUCCUCUUAUUUCCUAUGACAUGAUUUCCCUUGUGGAAAUUUAAGACUUUAAGAACUAGAGUAUUUUUAUGGUGUCUGCACCUGCAGUUCUGUGUUUAAAAUGUCAUAAUGUGGAUCCUGGAGUCAGGCUACUAGUCAAUGCCCCUCGCCAGAGGCUGGUUCAUGAGUUCAUCAACUGAGGCCUCUGUGGCUUCAAAAAGUCUACAUUUUGCUCACAGAUCACAACAUUCGCUGUGGAAAUAUGAUUUCAUUUCUUUAGGCUACAAACCUGUAUUUCUUUACUGAAUGCUAAGGCCAUGUUUAUAUUGGGUAGAAAGGUACUGAGAUGCCAAUUUUGUACAAGAUUGUGAUUUCAUCAUCUAAACCUUAAACUUACUUAUCCUUUAAAUUUUGUAGCUUUUGGCUGCCUCUGCCCCAAGUACUAUUCCAGGCAAAUUAAAGUUGGAACACUUUUAAUAAUAUAAAAAUAAUGAUAGUAAAUCUUAUACUUCUGUUGGCCCUUAGCUUGAAAAUAGCAGUUAAAAAAAUUUAAGUGUUGCCUUGAUUAUCAGUACUUAAUUAUGUUGUGCACUAAAACCUUAAAUAUUUAUUACUGUGAAUAAAAACAAAUUAUCUUUACUGUAUAGCUGGUUUCUUUAAAUGAUAGAAUUGUGGCAUUACAUCGAAAUUUGUAGGUCUUUUCAUGUCAAACAAGCAAGGCUUUUUAUGCUGCUAAAUCUGCAGGUGCAGAAACAAACACCCCUUGAAAGGGCAAAGAGAAGCUGGCUGGUUGCAUCACCCCGUACAGUUUCUCACACACAUCUCUUUUUCUGAUUCUGUGUUCAGAAGAGGCUGCCGGCAUAAAACCUAAAUGCAAGGUUGAUGGAGAACAGCUUGUCUGGCACAACAAUGGUGCAGGCCCACGAGCCAGCAUCACAGCUUGGCCAUGGGACGUUGAGAAUGCACAAACUAGAACUCUUCCCUUCCCACCUUAGGAACAGAAAAUCCUCUUCCUUUCUAAUCUGAAAAAUGAAAACUGAACUAACAAACACAAAACCAACCCCUUGGCAAUUCCACCUCCUAUUGACAUAUGGAAUAUUGUGCCUUAUUGUAAACCAGUUUGAAAAAUGUUCUGUAACUAAAGUGAGUUUUCGGCUAUUAUGUAUACAGCUUGGUAUAUUACUACGAAAGAUAACCACCUUGUGUUGCACCUUAAAAAUAUCAAGACCAUGUAAUUUCAGUAACAAAAUAGGUGGCCUGGCUACAGUAUUAUAGCAUACAAUUAGGACACUAUGCCCCUGCAAAAUUUUGUAAAUCAAAUUCAGAGGCAAAAACAUAUUUUAGAAUCAUACAGUUUGCACACAACAAGUAGAUAAUAACUGUCUCUAAAAAUGUUUUCUCCUUAGUCUGCAAUGAGCUAAGAUUCAGAAUAGUGUCAACAGCAUGCUCCUAUAUGAAGUUGUUUUUUUAAAGCACAUUUGUUUAUGACAAGCCUACAUUCUCAGUGAAUAUGGCAUUUAGUAUUUCUUUUGAAAACAAACUUAAGCAUCAUGAGCCAAAGUUGCAUUUUGACUCCCAACUAUGGUAACAUUAUGGACAUCUCACAAUGUCAAGGGUUUCUGUUAUGUAUUAGUAAAGUAUAGAUUAUCGGGGCCUACAUAAUUUAAAGAAAUGUAAAUUAAUAUUAAAAGCUUGUAAAAAUAUGUAUAUCUUUACUAUUUCUCAAUAAAUACCUUUGCAAUUGUUUUCAUUUCCUUCACCCUC